AUGGAUUCAUCCACCAAGGUUGUUGGGGAACUCGUAUAUACGAGCCUCAGUGUUCCCCCUCAACAAUACCAGGAAGUAUAUCGCAACACCCUUCAACCUAUUCUUCUGGCUCAGACAGGCUUGAUUUUGGCCUUGGGAGGUGUCGUAACUGCCGGCACAGAUAACCAGAGUGCCACUGUGGUUUCAUUGGUCAACUGGGAGAGUGUGGAUGCGCAUAUGGCAUUCAUCUCUGGUCCCGCGGCAAUUCCUUUCUUUGGAGCCUCAAAGCCUUUAAUGAGCGCGAUGCCUUCCGUCGAACAUUACGGAAUUAGUGUUCUGAAGACACCUGCCGUUGAAAGCCGGCACACACUCUUGCUGAAAGCCACUGAUGACAGCGACAAGGAACUCUUAGCAAAGAUUCACGAGAAGCAUACAGCUGCUGAAGGAGCAGACAUGGCGGCAAUUAGCGAUUGUGUGGAGGAUGCAUCGUUAAGGAUAUUGAUCCUAUUUAGUAACUCCGAUAAGUUUGAGGCAGCAGCUGAUGUUUCCAGUGACGGCAAAAACAUCAAGUCAUUGACAAUUGAGUGGUAUUCGAGAGUAGUGAAGAACGCAUAA